AUGUGUGGUAUUUUCGCAGUUUUCAAUUAUCCCAGUGACGUCAACGGCUUUCGCCGGCGAGCCUUAUUACUUUCUAAAAGGAUAAGACAUAGAGGUCCUAAUUGGAGUGGGUGUGAAAUUUCCGGUAACAACAUUAUUUGCCAUGAACGGUUAGCUAUAGUUGGUGUUGAAAGUGGUGCUCAACCACUCACUAAUAAUGACAAAUCCAUAAUUCUUUCUGUCAAUGGAGAAAUUUAUAAUCAUAAGAUUUUGAGAAAACAACUUAAAAACGGAAUUGAUGCUGUUAAACGACUUGAUGGGAUGUUUUCCUUUGUCCUUCUCGACACGAAUCAAAAUCGAUUUAUUGCCGCGCGUGAUCCUAUCGGUAUUACUACCCUUUAUCAAGGUUGGUCGUCGUCUUCUCCCGGUACAGUCUAUUUCGCUUCGGAGUUAAAAUCACUUCAAGAUGAUUGUGAUAAAAUCCUCUCAUUUCCUCCGGGCCAUAUAUAUGACUCUUUAACUGGUGAGACGACAAGAUACUAUCAACCUAUAUGGUGGGACAGUGAUUUUAUACCAACUACUCCAACUGAUUACACCCUAUUAAGGAAAACUUUGGAGAGAGCUGUUCGAAAAAGACUAAUGAGUGAUGUUCCGUUUGGUGUUUUAUUGAGCGGUGGUUUGGAUUCCAGUCUAAUCGCUGCAAUAGCAACGAGGGAGGCUGCUAAAUUAGCUGCUUCCCAUGAUGGUAUUGAAGAUAAUGAAGUUGACGAACGUGUUGUAACUACAUGGACCAAGAUUCAUUCGUUUUCUAUUGGACUUCCUGGAUCUCCAGAUUUGAUAGCUGCACGUUCAGUUGCUGAAUUUCUCGGCACUAAUCAUCAUGAAUAUACCUUCACUAUUCAAGAGGGUCUCGAUGCGGUUCACGAUGUCAUACAUCAUUUAGAAACUUAUCGUGUAACAACUAUUAGCGGUGAAGGAAGCGACGAAAUGCUCGGAGGCUAUCUAUAUUUCUAUAACGCACCAUCUGCUAUAGAUUUUCACAAGGAAACUGUUAAACUUGUAAAAAACUUACACAAUUCUGAUUGCCUACGUGCCAAUAAAUCUACAAUGGCCUGGGGACUUGAGGCUCGAGUUCCAUUCUUGGAUAAAGAUUUCCUUGAUAUUGUGAUGACGAUUGAUCCAGAAGAAAAAAUGCAUAAAGAAGGAAGGAUGGAAAAGUACAUUCUUCGUAAAGCAUUUGAUGUUUCAACAACGGGUGAUACUCAUCCUUAUCUACCCGAAUCGAUUCUCUGGCGUCAAAAGGAACAAUUUUCUGAUGGUGUUGGCUAUAACUGGAUUGAUUCUCUUCGUGAUAGUAGCGAAAAAUCUGUGACCGAUGAGCAGUUAGCGAAUGCUUCCAAACGUUGGUCUAAAGAUCCUCCACAAACUAAAGAAGCCUAUUGGUACAGAGAUCAAUUUGAAAGGUUAUUCCCAGGAGAUCAUUGUGCUGAAAGUGUAGUAACAUGGAUUCCAAGGAGAGAUUGGGGAUGUCCUGAAGAUGCAUCUGGUCGUGCUCAAA